GUGGCGGAACAUUGCGCGCGCGGCCCGGGGAGGGAUAGGGAGCCGGUGCAAAGCGCACCCUCUGCAAACGCUGCCGGCCACCGGCGCUUCUGCAGCGUUUGAAUUGCCCUCUAUAUUUUUUUUUCCACCUCUCUCUCACUCACUGUUGCACGUUUUAAGUUGGGUUUCGAACCCACCCACUCGCCCAGCUGCGGGAACAUUACAUCACUGACACGGCUCAGAGACCCGGAUUGACACCAAGGCAGAACUUUUGAGGCAUAAUUUGCACGGCUCAAGUUUUUAAUAAACAUGUCUGAGCCGUCAGCUUGGCCGGAGGAGCGGUCCAGGGGGGCCGAGUGAUGCAGAGAGCGGCGCACGGAAAGCAAAAUCUUGCAUCUAUCCAAUAGCGUUUGCCAAUUACAAUGCACCUCAAAAAUGUUCUGCCUCUGAUAUUGAAAAUAUAUUCAGCUCACACAUUGAGUACGAAAGAUGCCUCCUCCCCCACCACCUCCCCCUCCAAUUUUUUCACAGGCAUGUUCUGUAAAACCUGUCCUCGGCAAAGGUGAUCAGCCAGGAAGAAAUGCGCUUUUGUCAGAUAUAUGCAAGACCAAAAAACUGAAGAAGACUGUUACCAAUGAUAGGAGUGCACCAGUGGUUAAUGCUCCCAAAGGAUCCAGUGGAGGCGGCAGUGGUGGAGGCGGCAGUGGUGGAGGCGGAGGUGGUGGAGGCGGAGGUGGUGGAGGCGGAGGUGGUGGAGGCGGAGGUGGAGGUGGACCUGGUUUAGGAGGAUUAUUUACUGGUGGAAUGCCAAAGCUUAGGUCUGCAGGAACCAGAGACAAUUCCGAUUCUGGAGGAGGACGACCAACAUUAAUGCCUCCAAGUGCAAGAUUGACUGGUCCCAGACCAUUUGUACCAAACAAUGCCCCACCAAAGUUGCCUGGGUCAUUGUCAUUUCCAAGGAGUAGUAAUCCUGAGCCUCCAAGAAAUAAAUUCCCUCCACCAAGUCAACCAAAAUCUUCAAGGCCGGACAUAGGUUCGAGGUCUGAUGCAGGCCCACCACCUGUACCUAGUGCACCACGACCAUCAUCAUCUAGUACGCCCAGCAGAGGUCCUCCACCCUUUCCAGGAAAUCGGCCGUCAAACACGGGGCCUUCUCUACCCAAUCGCAAUCAAGGGUCUACCCGUCAUUUCUCUCCAACUACUCCACAUAGCAAUACAAAUAGGUCUCAUCCGACUCACAGCUCUGGCAGGGUUGUUGAAGAUAAGCCUUCUCCAUCAACUCUUCCAACUCACAAUACUAACAGACCUCCGUUGCCUCCUACUCCUGCCAGGAUGAUGGAUGAUAAGCCUCCACCACCACCUAAUAUAAAUAGGCCUUCAAUGAAUAGGGAUGGCCCUCCACUCCCACCACCACAGCAUCAAAAACCACCUGUCCCUCAAACACCCAGGCCAACUCCCUCCUUCCAAGCUCCUCCCCCGCCACCACCCAACCGACCAGGACCUCCACAAAGUCAUCAUGGUGCCUCUACAGAUGCUGAAGUUCCAAGGCUUCCUCAAAGGAAUAUGUCCCUCCACGGCACUCCUUCGCUUUCUCCUGGGACAGUUCGAAGUGGUCCUCUUCCUCCCAGUGAGAGACCUCCACCACCUGUAAGAGAUCCUCCCAGCAGAUCAGGACCUCUUCCUCCACCCCCUCCGGGAGGCAGAAACGGCGGUGGACAGAAAGCACCACCCGUCCCACAGCCCCCAAGUCGAAUGGGUUUGGACAACAUGAGGAGUGGCUUCAGGCCCCCACUGCCACCUGACCGAGGAAGCCCUGUACCCCCACCAACAACAAUGAGGAAUGGCUUUCAGGAGUCGUCACAGGCAGUGUGUGAAGAUGAAUGGGAAGGCAAAUUUUCUUUCCAUUCCAUUUCAGACCUUCCACCUCCAGAACCAUAUGUAAACUUUACAAAAACUUAUCCUAGUAAACAAAGCAAGGCAGAAAUCAGAGAUACGUUCCGAAGUGAGCGGGGAGCUCCACCUCUUCCACCAAUUCCACCUACACCAAGGUGAAACAGACUGGCUGUUCAAAGAUCUCGCAAAACCAUCCUGUCCUUGUGAGACCAUUUUGCACGCUUAACUGCAGACUAUUGCUAAAGUGACAUUAAAUUUUCCUCUAUCAGCUCCAGUCAACGUCAGCAGUGGAAAUGGUGGCUUGCUGGCAUUUUGUUUGUGAUACUUAAGUCAUCUGGAAUUUAAAAUGUACUAUAUGCUUUUUGACUGCUUUAAUGUAAAACAUUUGUUUACAUUAUUAUGGACCAGAAUAAAUGUAUUUUGCAAGAAUAUUUCUAUAACCCAUUUCAUUUCAAGGUAUAUAUUAUGGGUGCUCAAUGUAUUAAAAAAAUGUUUUAAUAAAAUCAGGCCCUUUGGCAGUAACCAAA